GUUUUAUGUUUUCUGCUGCAUUCUGUUUGACAAGUCAGCCAAGUCAUUCUCCUGCUGAAGUCAGAUAAACGUGAGGCACGGCAUACUUUCCAGUUUGCCGUGAAUUUGUUUUCAGUCUUCAGAAAACAAGCCGCUUGCUUUCGUUGGUAGAGUCACAGGGGCCUAGAGAUUCAACAAAGUAGUGAGAUAGUGAGACACUAAGAAAUCGGCGUCUAGUACAUCAUGAGGGAAAGAGUUUUGCUUGCAUUACUUGUGCUUGUUUUUCAAUACGUGACAGGUCAAAAUACCAUAGGCAGCGUUGUUUGCAAGGCCAAUCACACAGUAAAUAUAAAUAUUAGCAAAGUUGAACAUCUAAACACUUGGAACGAAACUCAGUGGGCAAUACAGCAAAAAACCGAAUGUCAGCCAACAUUUAGCGGAAGCGAUGUCAUCUUCUCAGACCUUGUGCUACCAGACUGCUCCUUGACAGCAGAACAGCUCCCCGGUAGCAUAAAAUAUAUAAUUGAAAUCAAAGCUGAACAGAACGCCCGAGGAGAUACAGGGCAGCUGCGUGUAUAUGACCAUCUGUACUUUGUGUCAUGUGACUAUGACAAUGAAGAUAGAGCAACAGCAUCCUUCGUACCAGUUAAGAACCGGGCAGCAAAUGACUCAAGCCAAGGAAGUUUCACCUUUACUCUCGAAGUCUACAGUGAUCCCACUCAUGACAAUAGCGUGCCCAAUCCUGUUGCAUUAGAUCAAACUUUGUACUUCAAGGUUAUGGUCGAAACUCAGAGUGCGGCACCCAAUCUUGACCUGUAUCUCGAAAACUGUUGGUCAUCAAAGAGCAGCGAUGCAAAUUCUAACGACGGUAGAUUUGAACUCAUAGUGGAAGGCUGCGGCAACUCAGAUAAGAGCGAAGACGCUUCAGAUACUUUAUCGUACUUUUGUAAAGAGGACGACAAAGCAGAAAACUUCUCAAUGAAAUCUUACCGAUACUUUGAGGCUGCAGAAAAUGAGGUUUUUAUCCACUGCGAUCUCAAGGUCUGCUUGGCGAGCGAGGGAAACUCCCCUUGUGAGUGCCCUACUCAAGCUGCUUGUCCAGAUUCGAGAAAAAAGCGCUCAGUAGUAGACGAGUCUGAGGUGUAUCGUGUGACAUUUGGGCCGUUAAAGUUCGAGAGUGAUGAACAAGAGGAAAAUGCAGGAUCUGAUCACCUUGAUGGGGAUCACCUGGAUGGGGAGAAGUCUUUCACAACAACUGUGGCAAUCAUUGCGGUCGUCAGUGGUAUUGUCUCUAUAGCAGUUGUGAGCGUGACCAUCUUCUUGAUCAUGCGCAAUCGCAAAAAAUGGCGACAACACAAAGACCCAAGUAUCGUUACUUAAUCCAUGACCACACAGAUUGCGCCCUUUUAAAUAAUGUACGGUUGUGAACCUCUCUUUUUGUUAUGUUUUGAAUGACAAGCAAAUUUAUAUUCAAACAGGCUAGUUAGAUUAUUUGCAGUCAAUCCUCAGCGUGAUAAUUGAUUCGAGCUUCGUCCUCAACAACAACCACUUGAUAAAAAUGUCUCAUAUGGAGAACCAUUUAACAAAUUUACCCUCGGUAACCUUUAUGACCCCGAAUGUCUUAUGGAUUAUCCUAAAAAAAGUUUGCGCUAAUGGGGUUUUUAUCAUAUAGAAUUAGCUUGGUCAUGCCGCAGUUAUAGAGGAAUCUCAGCCACAUUGUGUGAGUAGAAAUAAUGAAACAAGGUAACAAUAAAGUAACAAUGAAUAAAGAAGAGCUCAAACCGUUAA